AUGCACUCACCAUGCGGGCUGAGGGAAAGCAUCGCGCAGUCUGGCUCCACUCUUUCAGCCAGGACUGUCGUUCCCUGCAGCGUGGCCUUGCCCUGGGAGGCGCGGCUCUCGAGGCUGGCCCUGAGUUCCUGCCCCCUCUCGGUUGCCUUCUUCGGGGGUUGUUUGUCGCGUCUGUUUUCCUCUUUCCCCUCCUCCUUCUGGGGCAGCGAGGUGCGGUGCGGCAGCGCAGGGUUGCCCGCGGCCUACGCUCGCCUGCCGGGCAUGUGCAGGCCCACCUGCGGCGUGCGCGAGGGCCCGCCGCAGGCCUGA